AUGUCCCCUAUUGAUAUCAACAUUGACUACUUUACCCCAAUGAUUUGCCACUGCAAAGUUGCAUGCACCAACAGCACUUUGUCGUUGAUGUUUGGAUGCAAGAAAUAUCGUUAUCAAGAUGAGGAUACUCCUCCACACGACCAUUCAUUACCUCGAUUAACCCAUGAUGGGAAGGGUCCUGAGUUAGUUCAUGUAUCAGAAAAGAACCUAUCUCAAAUAGAAAAUGUCCAUGGGUAUGUGAUGCAAUCACAUAUAUCCCCGCUCAAGGUAAGAUUCUUGCUCUGUAUUUUUAAAGGUCCUCAUCCAGUUAUAAAAAGACAGUCUCCAUCUGAGCCUAGCCUAAUUUUAAGCAAUCCCUUGCCCCAGCCGGCCCUAAGCCAACAAGCCAGUCCUGCACCAAUAAUUGUGAAUACUGAUACUUUGGAUACUAUUCCUUACAUCAAUGGAACAGAAAUUGAAUAUGAAUUUGAAGAGAUUACUUUGGAACGGGGUAAUUCAGGCCUGGGAUUUAGCAUUGCGGGAGGCAUAGAUAAUCCUCAUGUAGGAGACGACCCAGGAAUAUUUAUCACCAAGAUUAUUCCAGGAGGAGCAGCUGCUGAAGAUGGAAGACUAAGAGUCAACGACUGUAUCCUUCGAGUGAAUGAAGUUGAUGUAUCAGAAGUCUCACAUAGCCGAGCAGUGGAAGCUCUCAAAGAGGCAGGUUCUAUUGUUCGACUCUAUGUUCGUAGGAGAAGACCCAUCCUUGAAUCUGUUGUAGAAAUUAAACUAUUCAAAGGACCAAAAGGUUUAGGCUUCAGUAUUGCAGGAGGAGUCGGAAAUCAACAUAUCCCUGGAGAUAAUAGCAUUUAUGUAACUAAAAUUAUUGAUGGAGGAGCAGCACAAAAGGAUGGAAGGUUACAAGUUGGGGACAGACUACUAAUGGUCAAUAAUUACAGUUUAGAAGAAGUUACACAUGAAGAAGCAGUUGCAAUUUUGAAGAAUACAUCAGAUGUAGUUUACUUAAAAGUCGGGAAACCAACAACAAUAUAUAUGACAGAUCCUUAUGGCCCUCCUGAUAUCACACACUCAUAUUCUCCACCUUUGGAAAGUCACAUGCUGAGCUCUGCCAACAAUGGGACUCUGGAGUACAAGAGUACUUUACCACCAGUAUCACCGGGAAGAUAUUCUCCAAUUUCAAAGCACAUGCUUGUAGAGGAUGACUACACCAGGGAACCUCGAAAAGUUAUUUUGCACAAAGGGUCCACAGGGCUGGGUUUUAAUAUUGUUGGAGGAGAAGAUGGAGAAGGAAUUUUCAUCUCAUUCAUCCUCGCAGGAGGACCAGCAGAUCUGAGUGGAGAGCUGCAAAGAGGGGACCAGAUCUUAUCUGUUAACGGCAUUGACCUUCGGGGCGCUACACAUGAGCAAGCUGCUAUCGCCCUCAAGGGUGCAGGUCUGACUGUAACAAUUGUAGCACAAUACCAGCCAGAAGAGUACGCUCGAUUUGAAGCAAAAAUCCAUGAUCUACGUGAGCAGAUGAUGAAUCACAGUAUGAGUUCUGGAUCUGGAUCGCUUAGAACCAACCAAAAGCGAUCACUCUAUGUAAGAGCUAUGUUUGACUAUGACAAAAGCAAAGACAGUGGCUUACCGAGUCAAGGCCUCAGCUUUAAGUAUGGAGACAUUCUGCACGUGAUCAAUGCUUCAGACGAUGAAUGGUGGCAAGCGCGGCAAGUCACACAGGAGGGAGACAGCGAGGAGAUGGGUGUAAUACCCAGUAAACGAAGGGUUGAAAGGAAGGAAAGAGCUCGUUUAAAGACAGUCAAAUUUAACUCAAGGCCAGGACUGAUUGAUUCCAAAGGGUCAUUCAAUGACAAGCGUAAAAAGAACCUCAUCUUUUCACGAAAAUUUCCAUUCUACAAGAACAAGGAGCAGAGUGAGCAAGAUACAAGUGACCCGGAACGAGGGCAGGAAGAUUGUAUUUUGUCAUAUGAACCUGUCACUCGACAAGAAAUUAAUUAUACCAGACCUGUUAUUAUUCUGGGUCCAAUGAAGGACAGGGUUAAUGAUGACCUAAUAUCUGAAUUCCCUGACAAAUUUGGUUCAUGCGUACCACAUACUACCAGACCAAAAAGAGACUACGAAGUUGAUGGAAGAGACUAUCAUUUUGUUGUAUCAAGAGAGCAAAUGGAAAAAGAUAUCCAAGAACACAAAUUUAUAGAAGCCGGGCAAUACAAUGAUAAUUUAUAUGGGACUAGCGUACAAUCAGUAAAGUUUGUGGCUGAAAGAGGGAAGCACUGUAUACUAGACGUGUCAGGAAACGCUAUCAAGCGAUUACAAGUAGCACAACUGUACCCUAUAGCUAUUUUCAUUAAACCAAAAUCUGCAGAGUCAUUAAUGGAAAUCAGUAAACGUCUAACAGAAGAGCAAGCAAAGAAAACUUUUGAUCGAGCACUCAAAUUAGAACAAGAAUUUGGAGAAUUUUUUACAGCUAUCGUUCAAGGAGACACAUUGGAAGACAUAUAUAACUCAUGCAAAAUGGUUAUUGAAGAACAGUCUGGGCCUUUUAUCUGGAUUCCUUCCAAGGAGAAGUUAUAA